AUGACUGAACUCGUGGAAAAUGCGUUAAACCGCUUUACGAAAAAUAUAAUUUUCUGUUUAACGGGAGAACAAACCGAUGUUAAGGGAUUACUAGUGAAAAGACAUAUUGAAAACUUACAGACACAUGGUGACUUUAGUUUUCCCAACUCAGUGAAAUCGUGGCAUGAUUUUGUUAUUUGUGAUCAAGUUAGUGAUAAAGAGAACAUUACAUUUUUAGAGGCUAUAAAUAAAAAUCCUGAAGAUAUAGUAGAGGCAUCUAAAAAUUGGGGUUUACCUGUUUGUAAAGUGAAAGUAGAAAAAGCUAGAAUAUAUUUGUUUUUGCAGAGAUCCCUUGCUAUUCCUGUAGGUUUAUUAGAAGCGUUGAGAAAUAAUUCGAAUAUAUCACUAAGGAUUCUUAGAAAAUGUUCUACAGUUCAUUUAGAUCCACUCUGUGAAGAUAAUAAUGACAUAACCUCUUUACGAACAAAGUAUGUGAAAAACGUUAUUGAAAAUAUUUGUGCUGUACAUAAUUUGAACUCGAGUGUAUUUGUUACCUGUAAGUCUACAAGUAAAAGAGAGGGAUAUUCUAGAGUCCUCUGUGGUACAGUUUUGAAUGCCAAAACGAGUGCCAAAGAAACCAUAAUUGUUGCUGAUGACUUUAUAAGUAAAAGGCAAAAUGAAAUAUCACUUAUAGCACAACACAAGUACGGAGUUAGAGUAUCAAGAGAUUCAAAAUGGAAGGAGUUUAUAGAACAUUUGGGAGAAUCGGCUGUGGCAUUUGAGUUGUUGCAGACAAAGCCUAGUGGUGCAGUCAAGAUUAAUUUUGAUAACUGUGCUGGUGGUUCCACUAAAGGUGCAUCUUUUGUAUUAUACAAUUGUGCUCGACUUGAGAGUAUUAUCCGAACAUUUAAUGAAAAUGUCAGUAAAGGAACAUAUCCUGCACUGCCUGAAUUUAACGAUGUUGACUGGUCUUUACUUACGGAUGAGGAUGAAUGGUGUCUUAUAUUUAAAUAUAUCCUUGGUUUUCCAUCCCUCUUGGAUAAGUGUUUUGAGAUAAAAGAUCAAUCAUGCGAGUUUAGACCACAUCACCUGUGCAGUUUCCUGUGCUCCAUGGUGAGAGAAUUCAGCCAGUACUAUAGAAGAGUCCGAAUACUAACAGAACCCAGAAAACAUCUACUUCCAGUAAUAUUUGCUAGGAUCUAUAUGCUGAAGAUACUAAAUGAUGCACUCAAAACAUGUUUAAAGAUUUUAAAUAUUAAAAGUGUUUCUCAAAUGUGA